AGAAACAAAAAACUUUAAUCAUUUUUAUAUAUUAUUAUUUCGGUAGCGCUUUAUAAAAUUAUCUUGUAAGUUUCAAAGAGCAUAGACCAUAAAUUGAUUGGCGUCAAAUUUGAAUUUUAUAAAGGCCAACAUCCGAAAUGCUACGGAUUUGAACUUCUGGCACAACUCACAAGACACCAGUAUGGCUAAGCAACUGAAAAAUUGGGCCGUGGAUGCCAUGGAUCCUCCGAAAAAAGGGACAUCCUACACCAUACUACCCAAUAGGCAUGGAUAUUUAAAUCGGAACGUUGAGCUACCACAUAGUAAUGACGCCUCGCCUCCGGUUACACCACUUAACGUGCCCUCAAAAUCUAGAACUCAAGCCCAAACUGGUAAGGGCACCGUACCCAACUUAAGCCCAGUAAAAGAGUCGAAAAAUGCGGAUAGCGUACGGCAAACUACACCAUAUCCAAAAGUUAAAGGCAUCGAACUCUUACGAUCUACGCCACCCAGGCAUAUGAGCUUAGAAUUGCCCCCAAAUGUGGGUAUUUACUUGCCGCCAAUUAAUCCAUAUAAGAGGAACCAGAAGCAUUGCGAUGACCAACAUCAAAAUCCAGGCACACCUGAUUUCAAGCCGGGGACCUCCAGGCAGGGAAGCCAUGUUCAGAGCUUCCCCAGCAGUAAAGUGAAAGUUUUAAGUUCCAGCCACCUUAGGCUUAAAAAAACUAUUAUCGAGAAACGGCUACAACUGAAGAAGUUGGCGUCCAUGCGAUCGAGGCUCAAUGUGGAAGAACAGAUGACUCGAUUGGAACUGGAUAACCUGGAGCACAUGUAUCAUCGGUCGCCAAUAGGACGAAUUAAGCGACAGAGCGGUGGUGCUCACAUCACAUUAUCACGACUAGAGUCGAAAAUGCAAAUCGGAAUAUCAACGGAGGAAAGCAGGAAAUUACACAGUGAGGAAAUUCUUGAAGCCCUUCUGAAAGCUCUACGCGUAGAUAAUUUUGCAUUUCUGAACGAAUAUCAGAAAUCACUGGACAGUCCGAAGCCAUCAGAUAGUUGUCCUCUGGUAACGGAAACGGAAAAGGGAAGUGAUGCAGACACCGCGUUUAAAAGCGAUUUAGUUUCGGAAACGGAAACAUAUCUAGAUAACAACUUAUCGACGGUUUGUGAAUCUGCGAAGACUAACACUAUUGAUAUACCUAUUCCUUGUCAGCUGAGAAACCCCCUUGCAUCCCCAGACGAUGUGAGAUACUACAAACCCUGUGACCAUUAUCCCAACAAUUUCGAAGUAUCGCAGCCCUUGGCCAGGUCUCCCAAGAUUUGCCAUUUAGUGUCUUCGGCACAAAGGGCACUUUACGCUUGCUUUGUCAAAGAUCCGUUGGAUACAGUAGGGCUAAUCCGAACUAUGGACGAAUCGACGGAAGUGUCCUUGAACGAGCCCACAACUCAGUUCUCCACCAUAGCCUGUGAGGAUAUGGAACUGCUGAGUCUGAUAGUUGAGAAACCCUAUGUGACCAGGAUGGAAACAGACAAGGAACUGUAUGUUUCCCGAGCACCAAUCCGUUGCCCCGAUUACGACUGCCAGCGGAUGUGCUUUGUCUCGGAUUUUAAUACCCACAUGUGGCUUAAUCAUCGAUCUUUGACCAUGGAGCAUAUUAAGCCGGCGCAUACCAAGACCUUCUUCUUGGACACCAACAUACCGAUGCUGGACAAACCGAAGUGUCACAUGGUGUAUAUGGUGCGGGAUAAGAUUAUCGACAGCCAGGCCGAGGCUUUGAAAGAUCUGUUGCCCAUACUGCUGAUGAGUGGCCGUACCCACUGGUCGAAUUCUUUCGGUUAUGCGGAACUUUGGGAGGCCCGAGAACUAAGCAAAGGAAAUCCCAUUCUCGAUAAAGAGUUCCUUGUUAUGUGGCUGACAGGAGUUGUUCCCCGUGAUAUGAAACUACUGGCUACCUUUUCGGUAUGGUCCACUCUGGGUCCCCAGAUGGCCGAUUGCGUUGGCGUUAGCACUGGUUAUAUCUACGAUAUUCGGGAAUCCAGCGAUCUGGGCCGAAUCGUCCGCAGUCGGAGCUCCAUGAUCCUGCCCAUGAGCAUGAUCUCGCAAAUGACCGAUAAUGGGAGCAGAUUACUGCCCAUUCAGGUGAAGGUUUAUUAAAUUGUUCAGUACGUUUGUAACGGAAAUACAACUUACAUACAUCUUUUUAUG